GUGCGCAUGCGCAGCUGGAACAGCUGCAGGACACAACAACAGUCUGGGCCGUCUGCCCCGCAUCAUUUCAAGAUGGCGGACCUCCUAGGUUCGAUCUUAAACUCGAUGGAGAAGCCUCCAACGGUCGGCGACCAGGAGAGCCGACGAAAGGCUCGAGAGCAAGCAGCGAGACUCAAGAAGAUGGAGGAAGAGGAGAGAAGAAAGAAAGCGGAGUUCAGGAAAAAGAUGGAGAAAGAGGUAUCGGAUUUCCUCCAAGACAGUUCACAACAGAAAAGAAAAUACAACCCUAUGGGGAAGAUCGAAAGAAGUAUAUUGCACGAUGUCGUAGAAGUGGCUGGGCUGACCUCUUUUUCUUUUGGGGAGGACGAGGAGAGCCGUUAUGUCAUGCUUUUCAAGAAGGAGUUUGCACCAUCAGAUGAGGAGCUGGAAGCCUAUCGCAAAGGAGAGGAGUGGGAUCCCCAGCUGGCAGAGCAACGGCGAAGACUAAAAGAGCAAGCCGCAUUGGAAGUGGAAGCAUCCAGUCAGACAAAGAAGUCAGAAGUUCCCAACUCCAACUACAGAGACAAGUACAGUCACCUGAUUGGCACCUCGGCUGCAAAAGACGCAGCACAUACACUAGAGGCCAACAGUGCUUAUGGCUGUGUACCUGUGGCCAACAAGAGGGACACUCGCUCCAUAGAGGAAGCCAUGAAUGCAAUCAGAGCAAAGAAACGGCAGAAGCGAGAGGACGACACGGGGGCAAAGAGCAGCAGUUCUUGAGUCUCCGCUGUUUCUGAUUUGACUACUGUUUCGUGGGUGCAUUAGUUUGUGUGUGUGUUAAAACGUCAUUAAUUCAUGCUGUAAUACAAGAUACUUUUAUUCAGACUUUAAAGUUUAACUUAUAUGACAGGCAUCAUAUCUAGUAUGUAUGCCAGUCUUUGACCGAGUCUGUGCUGAAAUCAUACAAUCCUGUGUGGAAGUGGAAAAUGCUCAGGUGUGUCAGAUCCAGGAGUUGGAUGACUAAACGUUUGUCUAACAUUUGACCUUGACAUGCUGUCAGUUAUCAAGCUUCUCACACAUUAUUGGAUCCUAUAUAGUUUGAGAAACUUUUCUGUGUUCAACUACAUAAAAACACCAGAUGUAUCUUUAUACAUCAUUUUUAAAGGACAUUUUUUAUCAAGAUUUUUUUUUUUUUCAUUCCUGCUUUUUUUAAUAGAGACUGGACAGGGCAGGCGAGGGGAGAGAUUGGGGGAGACAUGCAGAAAGGUCCUGGACUGGAUUCAAACCCCAGCCACUGUGAUAAGAACUCAGCUUUGAUACGUGGUACGAUCUCCACCAACUGAGCUACUGGGACAAGGACUUCUUUUUGUCAGUGAUAAACAUUUUUGAUGCAAAUGUGCAUUUCUAGUCCAAAGUGACAUUUUUAUCCUGAAAAGUAUUUACAGUUUUCAGCUUUGGCUGGAACAGAUUUAAAAAACAAAAAGUUUUAGGCAAAGCAUGGCUGAAAAGUCCCAAGGACAGAGUUCCAAAUAUGCAGUGCAGUUUUUAAAAGGGAAACAGCAACGGCGAUUGACCUGUUUAGUUGAAGCAAGCCUUUCCUCCAUCACAAGAGGAGCCCCAUUUUAGAAAACACUGUUGUGGGUUUUAGGAAUCUGUGAUAUUUUCUUUGUUUCUAUACAUCUGCACUGACUUUGAAUGAAACGUUAACUCCUAGUUAUAAUGCUUUAUUAUUAAGCCUUGCAAUAGGAAACAGGAGGGAGUGGGAAUGCUUGUUGGGAUAUGGGUCAUUAAGUUUUAUUCUGUCUUUUGUUUGUCUAGGGUUUCUUGGCAUCUUGAUGUCUAUUUUAACAUGGUUGCACUGUUUUAUCCCCCAUGGGUGUUAAUAAAUGGAGAACAGUAUUAUA